ACAGUUGUCCACAAAGUCGUGAGGUUUGUGAUUGGAUGCAAGUCGAAACACGUGACACUGACAAACAGACCCCCAAUUACCACAAUUGAAAUGAGUCAUUAUCAUAAAGCAUCUUGAACAAAUAGAAGUAUAACAUAAUCUCUUUCUUUUCCAUCUAAAUCCCAAUUUUGAAUUCAUAAUCUUCUUUAAAGUCAACUAAAAAAUCCCAAAAAAUGCCAUAAUCACAGCCAUAAACUCUGCCAAAUUAACCUGUUCAAUCUCAUCUUCCCUAAAUCUAAUCAGAAAAAAAAUGGGUUGGAUCAAUUUUCUGAAAGCGGCAGCACCAUUUUUGGUGAUGAUAAUAGUGGAGUGUGUUGAAGUUGGUUUAUCCACUCUAAGUAAAGCAGCCAUGACUAAAGGAAUGAGCAAUUUUGUAUUCAUUGUUUACUACAAUGCUCUUGGUACCCUUAUUCUUCUACCUGUUUUCCUCUAUAAUAUUUUCAGAGGGAAAGGAGUUCAACUCACAUUUUCAUUGCUUUAUAAAUUCUUUCUUCUUGGAUUGAUUGGGAUUUGUUUGUUGCAGAUAUGUGCUUAUGCUGGCAUCAACUACAGCUCCCCAACUCUGGCAGCAGCUAUUGGCAAUCUUAUUCCUGUUUUCACAUUCAUCCUAGCUGUAAUCUUGAGGAUGGAGGUGCUUGAUUUAAGGAAUCCUAGUAGCCAAGCAAAAUGCUUAGGUACCAUUGUAGCAAUAUCAGGAGCAAUGGUGGUAACUCUCUACAGAGGCCCUCCAUUGAUAAUCCAAACACCUACUGGAGCUUCAAAUAAGCUAUUUUCCGUGUCUUCAAAUUGGACUCUUGGUGGUCUUCUCUUGGCAAUUACUUCUCUUUUGUCGUCAACAGGCAACGUUCUGCAGGCAGCUACUGCUAAGGAAUGCCCAGAUGAAGUGACACUAGUCUUCUUCUACAGCUUAUUUGGGACUUUACAAGCUGCUGCUGUUUCCAUUUUCUUAGAGAGUGAUCAAAAUGCCUGGAUUCUGCAUCAUCGUAUUGAGAUCAUUGCUAUCGUAUAUGCGGCUGUAUCAACCACUGUUUUCCGCAAUACUGUUAUUACAUGGUGCCUACGAGAAAAGGGUCCGGUCUAUGUUGUUACAUUCAAGCCGUUGGCAAUCAUUAUUGCAAUGAUCAUGGGGUUGGCGUUUCUUGGGGAUAACCUUCAUCUUGGAAGCGUGAUUGGUUCAGCUGCGAUUACUGCUGGAUUUUACUCCGUCAUUUGGGGACAAGCGAGAGAAAAGAAAGACGAUAUUGCUGCAAAAUUGGAGUCCACCUGUGAUCAAAAUGCCCCAUUGUUAAAAAGCAGUGAUGAUAGAGUUUAAGGAGAUGCUUGACAUAACGGAAAUUUGAAUGCGGCAUUGAUAAUGGUAUUGCGGAUUCUCCAAUACCCUCCGUCUCAAAUUUAUAUAGAAUGUGAGUUAAAUUUUAGUCGCAUAUGCGGCAAUGAAAAAUUUUCUAUGGAGCUAUUCUCCUAUAUGCUGCUUUGUACUAUAUUUUAGGUUAGUUUUUCUGCGUUCUAUCGAAUAACCAUGGCUUUACAAGAUUUUGGUUUAGACUCGAUAUGCCUUGGCAGUUCCUUCUGCUUUCAUUGCUGCAGCUACUACUCGACUCCCCGUUGCACCUCUUUUUGUGUAUGAAACGUCCCCGGAUGUUUAAAAAUUCACUUUGCGUCCGUCAUGACAAGGCUGGCUUUGUUUCGGUUGUGGUUGGGAAAAUGAUAGAAGUUCUCGUUUCUAAUUGUUAAGGGGUAUCUCGUAUACUACAUUGGCCAAGAAGGAUAUGGAUGCCCAUCUAGUUGCUGAAAAUGUAUGUAGGUCCUGAUGGUGUGGUUUGAUCUUUGUAUGUAGUAUCGUAAAUAAAAACGACAAGCUCAAGAGGAACUUGAUUUGAUUAUAGGUCUUCCAACCGAGAAUUAUCAUUGUCUUGUUCUUAUUUGAAUUCGUCUCCUGUUAGUUAAGUGAUGGCUUCGUUAAUUUUGAAGAUCUAUGAUAUGUUGUUAUAGCAUGAUUGUGUGAUUA